AUGCUGCUUUUAUUUCCAGGUGAUGCUUUCAUUGAAUACAAAGGCACGAUUUACCUUUCCGAAGAAACGCGCAACAUUGUGUACAAGGAUGACGAAGGAUGUACAGUAAAGCUACAUUUGAGACGACCUCAACCGAAAGAACGACACAAUGGUCGAGGCUAUAUUGGUGGUUCAAGAUUUUGUGAAAAUUGGUUUUACAGUCCGAGUGAAGUAGAAAAAUCCAAUGUCGGAAUUUUAUCAAAAAUCGCCUGA